AUGAAAAGUGUUCUUUUUCUCACCGGGUUGGCCAGCACGGCCUACGCCCUGCCCUCUGAUGCGCACGUCGUCCACCAGACACGCAACGCUGUGCAAAAGGCUCAUUUUGUCAAGCACAGAGCCGUAGACGCCGAGACGGUGAUUCCUUUCCGGGUUGCUUUGAAGCAGUUCAACGUCGAGGCAGCAGAGGCCAAGCUCUACGACAUCUCCAACCCCAAGUCUCCCAACUACGGCAAGCACUUGACUGCUGCUGAGGUCGUCAAGUACUUUGCUUCUGAUGACAAGACUAUCGACUCCGUCAAGGAGUGGCUCGGUCAAGGUGGCAUCGACCACAAGGACAUCUACGUCAACCCUACUAAGACGUCCGUCCACGUCGAUGUUGACGCUGCCACCCUGGAGAAGCUUCUCAAGACAAAGUACCACGUCUACCGCAGCAACUCCUCUGGAAAGGACCAUGUCGGCACCGACGAGUACAGUCUUCCCAGCAACAUUGCCAACGUCGUCGACUUUGUGCACCCUGGUGUUUCUUCCGGCUCUACCGGCGUCAAGUUUGACCCCAAGAAGAAGGACGACGGCGUCAGCCAUUUUUCCAUUGAGCCUACGCGCCAGAUUGACGACAACGGCCUCAAGCGCAUCAAGGAUGCCCUCAAGGCCGCGCAGGCUGCCCCGACUACCGCCGACAACUCUACUACUGGUCCUCCCGAAUAUCUUAAGCAGAUUUGCAGCCUGUACAUCAUCCCCCAGUGCAUUUCCUACCUUUACAACAUUCCCCAGGCUACUCAGCACAACAUUUCCAACCCUCUGGGCAUGUACGAAUCCGCCGGCGACGUCUACGCCCAGGAGGACUUGGAUGCCUUCUUCAGCCUUCUUGCUCCCAAUAUCCCCAAGGGAACCGGCCCCAAGCUCAACUUGAUCAAUGGCGCCACUGCUCCCAAUAGCGUUGCUACUGCUGGCCGUGAAUCCGAAUUGGACUUCCAGAUGGCCUACCCCAUCAUCUACCCCCAGAGCACAGUCUUGUACCAAGUGCAAUACCUUUCCAAAGACGAGCUUUUCAGCGACUACCUCAGCGCCAUCGACAGCGACUUCUGCGCCCUUGACCCGCGUUUCAACGACCACAAGAUGUGCGGCACAUACGAACCCACCAACGUCAUCUCCGUUUCCUACGGUCUCCCUGAGGACCCUGCGCAUGCCGAUGAUUAUCACCGCGAAUGUAACGAGUUCCUCAAGCUUGGUCUCAUGGGCAUCACCACCGUCGUUGCUAGCGGCGACGCUGGUGUUAGCAACCGAAACGGCAUGUGUCUGGGAGCUCACCACGACGUCUUUGUAGGCGACAACCUCUGCUCGUGCCCCUACAUCUUGUCCGUCGGCGCUACUAAGCUCAACGCACUGGAUAAGCCUGAGGUUGCCGUCGACGGCUUCUCUUCUGGUGGCGGCUUCUCCAAUGUCCACCGUCGUCCCUCGUACCAGAACAACGUGCUAGACAACUACCUUCUCCGACACAACCCUAACUACCGCUCCUUCAACACCAGCGAUGGUGUCAUUCCCGACGACGGCGGCAUCUACAACCGCGGCGGCCGUGCUUACCCCGAUGUCGCUGCACUUGGAGAAGCUGGUGCCAUUGUCGCCAACGGCCGGUUCCAGGCUGUCGGCGGAACCUCCAUGUCUGCGCCCAUCAUUGCUGCCAUCUUCAACCGCAUCAACGAGCAGCGUCUUAGCAUCGGUAAGGGCCCCGUGGGUUUCGUUAACCCUGCGCUCUACGCUCUCGCUUCUAAGAAGGAGUACUACCAGUACUACUUCAAUGAUGUCACCGUGGGCGACCAGCGCUGGGGAGGAAUCGGCGACGACCGCCGGUACAGCGCUUGCGGUAACCUUGGCUUCUCAUGUGUCGAAGGCUGGGACCCUGUCACUGGUCUUGGAACUCCUCGUUACGACCGUUGGGAGAACUACUUCGUCAACCUUUAA